CGAAACCUUUUGCGUGCGCGCAUCAAAACCAAAACAUUACUCAUCCGAUCCGCGAGUGUUUUUUUUUCUUCUUCUGACCCAGAUUUUCCCCAAACACGCACACCCCGUUCACAAUCCGGAUUUGUUACCCUUUUUCUAGUGCGCGGAACCAUGGACGAGGACCUGCCGACCGAGUUCGACCUGAUCGUCGUGGGAACGGGUCUUUCGGAAUCGAUUGUGGCCGCGGCGGCCAGCCGCAUCGGGAAAACGGUCCUGCACCUGGACAGCAACGAGUACUACGGGGGCUUCUGGUCCUCGUUUAAUCUGGAGGCGCUGCGCAAGUACGCCGAGGAGUGUCGCGACCGGACUCAACUGGGGUGUGAGAAGGUUGAGGAGGGGUUUCUUCCGUUGGGGAGGGCGACGUUCGUGGAGAACGUUGCGGAGGAGUGGUUUCCGUUUGAGGAGGGGGUUGAGGUUGAUGGGUGGAAUCGGGAGAAGAUCUUGAAGGAGUUUCGACGGUUUAACUUGGAUUUGGCACCGAAGUUGCUGUUCUCGAGAGGGUCGAUGGUGGAGCUGUUGAUUUCGUCGAAUAUCUGUAGGUAUGCGGAGUUCCGGGCGGUUGAUCGGGUGGCGACGAUCUGGAAUGGGCGGAUUAUGACGGUGCCGUGCUCGCGGUCGGAUGUUUUUACUAGUCGGGAUGUCAACGUGGUGGAGAAGCGGCUGUUGAUGAAGUUCCUGCAGAGUUGUGCCAGCUUUGAGACUGAUGGGAGUGGGACGGACGAGCACCGGUUGGAGGACAUUGAGGGGAAGACAUUUUUGGAGUAUUUGAAGAGUCAUAAGUUGACGCCGAACUUGAUCCACUAUCUGCUGUACACGAUUGCGAUGGGGAAUGAUCGGACCAGUUGUAGGGAGGGAUUGGAAGGGGUCAAGAAGUUCCUGCUGAGCUUGGGCCGGUACGGGAACAGUCCGUUCCUGUUUCCGAUGUACGGCUGCGGUGAGAUACCGCAGUGCUUCUGCCGACUUUGUGCCGUUUUUGGAGGAAUCUACUGUUUGAGCAAGUCGAUCGAAGGGAUAACUUUGAAACAUUCCGAAGGAGAGCGGAGCUUCCAGUCGCUGCGAUGUGGCAAGCAAACAAUCGAAGCGAAGAGCAUCGUCAUCGGUCAGGGCUACGUUUCGGCUGGAGUCUUCUCGGGAGAGCCUGACCAGCAGGACGCCAAUCACAAAGGUUGUGGUAAAAUGGCUCGCGGAGUCUUCCUCGUCAACGUUCCCCUCGGGGGUGCCUCCCAAAACACCGGAGGUGGUGGCGUUUCCCUCAUGAAACUUCCCCCCGUAGAAGGUCACGAGGACGGAGCUACCAUCAUCCAGCUGGCCCACUUUAGUGGAACGUGUCCGAAGGAAAUUUAUUUAAUCCACAUAACGGCACGCGCCAUCAGCGACGACCCUCAGGCCGACCUGGCCCCGUACGUGACGCAGAUCCUCAGCCGUGAGGCCCCCAAAACCGCCCCCUCCCCAGCCGAAGGCGAAAUCUUCGAAAACACUCAGGAAAACACCGUCUCCACCAUCCUCUACCAGCUCUACUUCACCAUUCCGACCUGUGUCUCCUGCUCCCACGGCAGCCCCUCAACCCUCCCCCGCGGCCUGCACCUAGCAUGCGGACCCCUGCUCGAGCUCGACUACGACGAAAGCAUAGCGCGUGCCCAAGCCAUCUUCAAAGACAUCUACCCGGAGGAGGAAUUCCUCCCCCGCGCCCCCGACCCCGAACAGAUCAUCAUCGGGGACGAGGAGGACCAGCAGCCAGAACAGGCCCAAGAGGCACCGAGUUCGGAAAAGGCCACUACCGGAGACAAGGUUGAAAGUGGGCGCGAAUGUCGCGAAAGUGAGUCGUCUUCCAGCGUGCCGGUUACGCCGUCGUCGUCGGUUGAGGUGCCGCAGGCGGAAGAUGAUGCCCAGGAAGCGAAGGAGGACGCCGUGGAGAAGGCGGAGGAGUGCGUCGAGCAGAAGUAAUGAGCACAAAAACACACAUUUCAGAAAAAAAGGAAGGGUUUGGCGGAUUUCAGUUUCGAGAAAAUUUGAAAAAUUUAGAUUGCAUGAGCAAAGUUUGAUUCCAAAAAAAAAUGUGUCUUUUUGUGAGAAACUGAAAUUACGGAAACCCUUGAAAUCAGGCAUUUUGCAAACCGUAUCGAUAUUUAUUAUAAUCUAAUAUACACGCUAAAAUGUAAUCGCAACGCUGUUCAUUUUCAAGUAGAGGCAAUAAACUUAUCACGUCUGCUUAAA